UGAAAAAGACACAUACCAACUCCACAACUCAACACCUGCUUUCCCUCGUCUUUCCCCUCUUCCAAAACUCCCUUUCACUUCACUCCCCCCUCCUCCUCUGUCGGCGCCGGACCUCCCGCCGUCUCCCAAAUUCCGGCCAAAACAUGGACGAUUACGGCAAGCUGUUCGUCGCCGAGACGAGUUUCUACAAUCGCAUUGUUCUCGGAGGGCUCUUGCCGGAGAGACUGUGGACCCCACUUCCCCACUUUCUUCAGGGAUGGCUCCGGAACUACAUUGCCGGAACCCUGCUUUACUUCAUCUCCGGCUUUCUCUGGUGCUUUUAUAUUUAUUACUUGAAAAGAAGCGUUUAUAUUCCUAAAGAAGCAAUCCCUACUAAAAAGGCAAUGCUCUUGCAAAUAAUUGUUGCAAUGAAGGCAAUGCCAUGGUAUGUUUCUCUUCCAACAGUUUCUGAGUACAUGGUUGAGAACGGAUGGACGAGAUGCUUUCCGAGUAUUAGCAGCAUUGGUUGGCUUGACUACAUCUGGAACUUGAUUGGCUAUCUUGUAUUCGUGGAGUUUGGUAUAUACUGGAUGCAUAGAGAGCUGCAUGAUAUUAAACCCUUAUACAAGUAUCUUCAUGCAACACACCACAUCUACAACAAGCAAAAUACCCUUUCUCCUUUUGCUGGCUUGGCAUUCCACCCACUAGAUGGGAUUCUGCAGGCACUUCCUCAUGUCAUAGCUCUUUUCCUGGUGCCCAUGCAUUUCACAACCCAUGUAGCCCUCUUAUUUAUGGAGGCCAUCUGGACAGCUAACAUUCACGACUGCAUCCAUGGUAAAUUGUGGCCUGUAAUGGGAGCUGGUUACCACACUAUUCAUCACACAACAUACCGUCAUAACUAUGGUCACUACACCAUAUGGAUGGAUUGGAUGUUUGGGACUCUUCGUGAUCCUAUUGAGGACGAUGCAAAGAAGAUAUGAACCGAAGUACAUAGAAUUGUGCUGUCAAGUAUUCAGUUGCUUUAAUCUUUUGAGCCUGGUGCUGAAGAUGACAUGUAUAACCUUUCUGUAAAUUAACUUUCAAUUCUACCUAUUUCGUUUUGUUGGCGUCAGAAUUGUUUUCUUUUUUAGGACGGCCAUUUCCUUAACUUUGUAUUGGUCUUAUGAGUACAGGUGGGAUGCAAGUUAUCAGCUUCAGGGAUACCAAAGAAACUGAAAAGGGCAAUAUUGAAUAUAAAAUGUUUUCCCUGCAAA